AUGGAGCCCGGCGGUGGGCGGAAGGAGAAACCCAAACCCAAGGAGCCCAUCAGCCGCCUGGAGAAGGCCAAGCAGAAAUCAGCCCAGCAGGAGCUGAAGCAGAGACAGAGAGCAGAGAUCUACGCCCUGAACAGAGUGAUGACGGAGCUUGAACAGCAGCAGUUCGAUGCCUUCUGCAAGCAGAUGCAGGCUUCUGGAGAAUGAGUCCCUCUGUCUGCCAUCCCAGGAUUGCCAGUGGCAUUUUAGACCAGGAAACAACAUGGUUGAGUGGUGGUCAGAGCUCAAUGUUCCCAGGCAUCUUUCUGCUGACCAUGGGCAAUAAUAAAAAAACCAUACAGAACUGCACACUUGCAGAUAUAGAGGGGGUAGGAUCACUUGUACGGCAUGAACCUUGCUCCACCUGCCCUUCAUUGUAACUGCCUCUGACCCAUUGUCUGGAGUUUUUCCAGCAGCAGUGCAGAAUCCUCUGGUUCAUCCUUGUUAAGAUGGCACAUUUUUCAUUGUUUUAACACUGUCCUUCUUAAAGGUAUUUAUUACUUUGGUUUGACAAAUAAACAUUUUUU